GACGGACGUGUCUAAAGGAAAACACUUACUAGAAAUCGGUCAUUUAACCGUUUGCUUAAAUCGAUGAAUUCGGAUUAAUUUAUGAAAUGUUUAGACGUUUAGUCUCGGGAGAUGUAUUUAUUCUACAGCGGAGACUUUCUCAGUCGUUGAAAUGUCUGAGAUUACUGUCGUGCAACUCCGUUAUCGGUUCCGACCGUGGACAGGACCUGUCGAGAGAGGAGCGAACUGUUCCGACCGAACGGGUAAAGUUGGAUCAUACGAAUACACGUAUAGGACCAGCAGACGAUACGUUUCUGGUUCCUUCCCGACCCGAGAAACAGAAGCGGGUGUGUAAAGUCAUAUUGGACCGUUUUGACCAACAGUACGGCCAGGAACUUGGCCCCCUAUGGCCGUCUGCAAGGGCUGUGCUGUUGAACCCUGGGUGUUGGCAGUAUGGAGUGAUGCUCAACCGCUUUACCGCUGUGUCAGACGUCAAACAACGCCUCCAAGGGCAAGGCUUCAUCAGCCUACUGCCCCACACAGACCUGCCUCACCCUCCCUCUCCCACCCAGCCUCACCCUCCCUCUCCCACCCAGCCUCACCCCGGUCCUCCUCCUCUUCCUCCCUCCCUGCAGUGUUUCAUCCACCCUUCCCCUGUGCGUUACCCCUCUCCUCCUCACCGCCAGGGCCAGCUGAAAGCCUACUACCUGCUGAACGCUGCCUCCCUGCUGCCUGUCUUAGCCCUGGGGGUACAGGAGGGGGACAGGGUCCUGGAUCUCUGCUCUGCUCCUGGAGGGAAAGCCUUGGCUAUACUACAGACUGCUGACCCAGCUCUGUUGUGUUGUAAUGAAAUGGACCCACACCGACGUGAUUGGCUGGCCAAAACCCUGGAAUCCUUCAUCCCCCAAUCGCUGAGCAGCACUGUCACCGUGUCCAAUCAGGAUGGACGUCUCUUUGGGCAGAGUGAAGCCGGAAUGUAUGACAAGGUGCUGCUGGAUGCUCCUUGUUCUAAUGAUCGCAGCUGGCUGUUCUCCUGUGGAACAGGAGGGGAUCAGGAAGGAGCUGUGAGGCUGAGGGACAGGGCCAGGCUGCCCACACUACAGACACAGCUGCUCAGGUCUGCGCUGGCUGCGGUGCGUCCAGGGGGCGUGGUCGUCUACUCCACCUGCACGCUGUCCCGCUCUGAGAACCAGGAAGUGGUGGAGGCGGUCCUAAACACCUGUCCAGGAGUGGAGCUUCAAGACCUGGAGGAGGAGCUAGCCCUCCCACUUCAGGAACACUUUACCUUCACCCCGUUAGGCCACACCCCCUCGUUAGGCCUCCUUGUGGUUCCUCAGCAGGGUCGGACCUGGGGACCCAUGUUCCUGUCGCGCAUCAAGAGGAUUCACUGAUUGGUUGGUUGGUUGAUUGACUCGCUGACUUCCUGUCAUGCGUCAAGAGGACUCACUGACUGGUUGAUUGACUCGCUGACUUCCUGUCAUGCGUCAAGAGGACUCACUGACUGGUUGAUUGACUCGCUGACUUCCUGUCAUGCGUCAGGAGGACUCACUGACUGGUUGAUUGACUCGCUGACUUCCUGUCAUGCGUCAAGAGGACUCACUGACUGGUUGAUUGACUCGCUGACUUCCUGUCACACGUCAGGAGGACUCACUGACUGGUUGAUUGACUCGCUGACUUCCUGUCACGCGUCAAGAGGACUCACUGACUGGUUGAUUGACUCGCUGACUUCCUGUCACACGUCAGGAGGACUCACUGACUGGUUGAUUGACUCGCUGACUUCCUGUCACACGUCAGGAGGACUCACUGACUGGUUGAUUGACUCGCUGACUUCCUGUCAUGCGUCAAGAGGACUCACUGACUGAGCAUGUCAGACACAGAGGCUGGUCUUCAAGGAUUCCACAAUGCAACAUGUUUUCAUAUGACGGCUACUGCUAACGAGCUAACUCUCUAGGGCUGUGUUCCAAAUGGCACUCUAUAUAGCACACACAAGUAGUGCACUAUAUAGGGAAUAGGGUUCUAUAGGGCCCUGGUCUAAAGUAGUGGACUAUAUAGGGAAUAGGGUUCUAUAGGGCCCUGGUCUAAAGUAGUGCACUAUAUAUAGGGAAUAGGGUUCUAUAGGGCCCUGGUCUAAAGUAGUGCACUAUAUAUAGGGAAUAGGGUUCUAUAGGGCCCUGGUCUAAAGUAGUGCACUAUAUAUAGGGAAUAGGGUGCUAUUUAGGAUGCACACUUUGUUUCACAUGCUCUUUUCCCAUGUUCCUAUCUGGCAUCAAUAAGACUCACUGAACUCUUAAAUAAAGGUGAAAUAAAAUAACAAAUAAUCACAAUGAUCUCUGAAUACCCACAGCAGUUAUGAUAGGAAGAAGGAGUGGCAGCUGCUGAUUGGCUGAAUACCCACAGCAGUUAUGAUGGGAAGAAGGAGUGGCGGCUGCUGAUUGGCUGAAUACCCACAGCAGUUAUGAUAGGAAGAAGGAGUGGCGGCUGCUGAUUGGCUGAAUACCCACAGCAGUUAUGAUAGGAAGAAG